AUGCCCAGGUUUCUCCUCCUGGAGAUCUUGCUGGACAAGGGCGUCCUGAAAGCCUGGUUCCCGGCCCUCCAGCCGCCCAGAGGAGCCACUGCCAGCAGGCCAACUGCUGCUCCCCGGGGGUUCCGAGGCUGGCUCCUGCCCCUGCGGCAGUUACCGGUCAUGGCUCAGCUGUGCAGACCAGACAGGCACCUGUGUGAAAAGGAAGAAUUGAUUGAAGAAUGGCAGCCGGAACCUCUUGUUCCUCCCAUCUCGAAAGACCAUCCUGCUCUCAACUACAACAUCGUUUCAGGCUCUCCCAGCCACAACAUUGUGGUGAAUGGAAAGAAAUGUGUCAACUUUGCCUCCUUUAAUUUCCUGGGAUUGUUGGAUAACACUCAUGUCAAGGUGGCAGCUUUGGCGUCUCUGAAGAAGUACAGCAUGGGGACUUGCGGACCUAGAGGAUUCUAUGGCACAUUUGAUGUGCACUUGGAUUUGGAGGACCACCUGGCAAAGUUCAUGAAGACAGAAGAAGCCAUCAUGUACUCCUACGGGUUUGCCACCAUAGCCAGUGCGAUCACCGCUUACUCCAAGAGAGGGGACAUCGUGUUUGUAGACAGAGCUGCCUGCUUUGCCAUUCAGAAAGGACUGCAGGCCUCACAGAGUGACAUCAAAUGGUUUCAGCACAAUGACUUGGCCGACCUGGAGCGCCUGCUGCAGGAACAGGAGACGGAAGACCAAAAGAAUGCUCACAAGGCUCGGGUCACCCGACGUUUCAUCGUCGUGGAAGAGCUGUAUAUGAACACUGGGACUAUCUGUCCUCUCCCAGAGCUGGUAAACCAGCACGCUCACUGA